AUGUCACUUCCACGGCAUUACGAACCAUCAACAUUUGAAGAACAUCCAGUUGAUCUCGAGUACGGUGAUUGCCAUACAGACGAGGCUGGACAUCUCCUCCUAAAGGAGUUUGAAGGAGUUCCAUCGCAUAAUAUUCUGAACACCGUUGGAAGUGAGGUAUCCGCCAGAAGCGUUGCUUGCAACUGCAGAACUGAAAAGCUUAAAAAGGGACUAGACGAUCAAGCGUGGUUGGACAGGCUUGUAGGAUGUACUGAAAGCUACAUGUACCUGAUGCUUCCAAAGAGGAAAGAAAGAGCCAGACUUGGGCUAUUGGAACGUGAUGGAUGGAGAGACCUAAUCGCUGAGGCCAUCGAUCCCAUACUACACGGAGAUAUUUUAAACAUUUUGCCAGAACACGCAAGGUCAAUGAGCUUAUUCUCACUUGAUCCAAAUGCACCAAUUAUGACCAUUCGAUCAAAUGCAAAUUUGAAUGGAGAUACUGAAGAGUGGUGCAGACUUCGCAAGGAAGACCUCAUUGAUGUUACGAGUGAUACCGAAGUUUACAUGAAGACAGACAGUGAUGUCCCUCUGGAAGAAGAAAUUGGAAUUAAGCGGAGAAAGAAGAGAUGGAGAGAGCGAUAA